UAUCGAUUGCAGUUGUAUUAAAGGUUUUGGCAACCCAGGCUUGCGGAUUCGAUGAGAGAGAAUUGCUGAAAGAAAAUAAAGCAUUUCGUGAGCUUGAAGAAAUGGCUGCUGCGAAUAUUUUCCGAAGUGCUUUCGGUGGUCUAUUGCGGAGAUCAACAACGUAUAGAACGUCCGUAACAUGUCGUCUUUCGACCGUUGCGUUGCAGCAAAAGUUCAGCACAAUUAAAGCCGCUGUCAAAAUAUACAAAAGUCAGGCCCUUCAGAAUGGGGUACCACAAUCACAUCGGUACUCGACAGGCGUGCAGUCUAAGCUUUCGGUUCAGGAAAUCGAGGAGCGAGUCCUGAAAGUGUGCAAGGCUUACGACAAACUCAGUGCUAGUCAGAACGAGAAACAUGGUAUCCGCAAGUACAGCGGUGGCCCUCCCCUCACCUUAGACCUUAUAAAAAGUAGAGUACUGCUUGUACUUCAACUUUAUGACAAAAUUAACCCUGAACAGUUGACUGUAGAUAGCCACUUCAUGAAUGAUCUGGGUCUUGACUCACUGGACCAUGUUGAGGUCAUAAUGGCAAUGGAAGAUGAAUUUGGAUUUGAGAUACCGGAUGGUGAUGCAGAGAGACUGGUUAGACCAAAAGACAUUGUCCAAUACAUUGCUGACAAGGAAGAUAUUUAUGAAUAAUAAAAAAAUAUAAACUUCAUAAUUUUGGACCAGUUGUAUUUUUGAAACGAUAACAAAUUAAACACAAAAUUGCAUUUUCUUAAUUUACAACUGGCCUAAAAGUAUUGUUUAGUGAUUAGACAACUUUUGUUUUAAUUUUACACAAACGUUAUCAGUGCACUUCAGACCAUUGUGUAAAAAGUGUAAGUUUUGUUUUUAAUUAUAUGCCUGUUAGAAUAGAUCAUUUGUAUUUCAUUUGAUCUGGUGGUACAUUAUCUGAUAAUAAAAUAGUAAAUAGAUCA